AUGCGUCUCGCGCCACUUUUCACCUCUCUGGCAACACUUUGCACUAUUGUUGUCGCUAUCCCCGUUGCAGCAAAUCCCUCUUUAAUGCAAAGGCCGACUCCGUCCAAGUCUACACCGUCCGUUGCGUCAACUGCCUCGCCCUCACACUCGGCUACCCCAAGUACUCUCACCCUCGUUGGUGCCUAUCAAUGCCCUCGGAACCAGUACAAAGCAUGUUGCCAGUCUCUUGAGCAAACCUCGAAGGAAUUAAUGGCACCAGUGGGGGAUCUUGUACCAAUUGUGGGCGGUAUCUCUAUUAGCUCGCAAAUCUCGUUUCAAUGCAACGCGAUGGCCCCACUCACGGAUCCGAAUACUUGCCAGGGACACGGAUACACCCCGAUGUGCUGCGAAAACAACACUGAAAUUCCGUUAAUAAGUUUUGGUCAGGGCAUGGCUAACGCUGCUGCUGAACAGGGCGCUGCUAUGAAUGCUUGCAAGCCUUUUGAGAAGGCUAAGGAGGCAUACUAUCAGUCUUUUGGGUAUAAUGUCGGCGAGGAAUCCAAUGUAGAUUUGAUCAAUGAUGUGAUGUCAUGA